AUGACAUCGUCACAACCGCCUUUGAACAUUGUUGUAAUCGGAGGCUCUCUGGCGGGACUAAUGACCGCCGUGGCACUGAAGCGAAACGGGCAUAAUGUGACAGUCAUUGAAAAGGAAGACAAUGAACGCGAAAGCCACAUGGCUGGCGUUUGUCUAGGACUCGAUGCUGUGGAAUUCCUCGAGAAAUACGAUCGCGUUCAGAGCAUCUUCUCUCACCAGUCGCGUCGUAUUCAGGCCCUUGUGGGCGACGACAAGCUGAAGACCUUUGUCAAUGGCCGUCGAGAAAUCACAAACUGGGAUACCAUGUACUACCGGCUUCGUUGUAACUUUGGUGGCUAUGCAAGCGAUACCUACCCUACAUCCCCUUUGCCCUCUCCAGAAGAUGGCCAGGGUGUCCUCACGUUGCUGGACCGCAAAUCAGGAGACAAGGCCACUAUGCAGGCCGACCUGGUGAUUGGUGCAGACGGCCCGGAUUCUUUUGUGCGGAAGAAGUACCAAGGCCACGUUGAGCGGAAAUACGUUGGCUACAUUGCUUGGAGGGGCACUGUCCCGGAGAGUGAGGUGUCGGAAGAAACCCGUCACCUCUUCAGACGCAGCGUCACUGUGUAUAUGAUGGACAAACAGCACUGCAUCGUGUACACCAUCCCCGGCAAGAACGGAUCGCUGGAGCCCGGCGAAAGGUAUCUCAACUUCCUCUGGUACACAAACGAGACGAAGGAAUCCUUGGACGAAAUCUUAAAGGACGGCCUCGACGGCCAUCGCCAUCACAACAUUGUCCCGUCCGGUCGUGUGCGACAAGAUAUCUGGGCUGAACGAACAAGGCAAGCCAAGGCCCUGCCACUCAGCAAGCCAAUGCUGGAGAUCUUUCUGAAGAUCCAGCGUCCUUUUAUUCAGGUCAUUACCGACUUCUGCUCACAUCAGGCAGCCUUUGAAGAUGGCAAGGUCCUGCUGGUUGGCGACGGACUGUCGCUGUUCCGUCCGCACACAGCCUUCAGCGGCACCCAGGCGGCGUUUCAUGCCCUCCGCACGGCUGAGUUCGUCAAUGGCAAGACAACCCUGCAACAGUGGGAGAGCAAGGUCCUUAGGUACUCGCGGCUGCACUACCUGCAGAGCAACUGGUAUGGAGACUUUUAUCAAUACCCCAUGUCGUCGGCCCUCGUGGCUGCUGUGCGCUACUGGAUUAUGUGCGGCGUUGAUCGCGUCUUGUCCUGGUACAACGGCGAAGCUCCGCUCUUGCGCACAAGCACAUUCAAGAGUGAAGCGUACGACGACGAAUAA